GCAAUUUGCGCGGAUUUGACCGAGCCCUGCGGUAGCGGGACACACUGCGGUUUGCGACAAACCUGCCAGCGAAACGCGUCCUCUCUCCCGCUCGCUGGCCUGCCGCGAAACGGGCCGCGCCGCGCGCGCCGGAGCUUUACACGCCCGCCGCCGCGGCAGCCAGCCAUGGCCGCGUCGCUCGGCGACAGCCACUGCGUCGUCUGCGACAACGGUACUGGAUUUGUCAAAGUAGGGUAUGCCUCAGAAAAUUUCCCGAGGAGCAUCUUCCCGUCCAUGGUCGGCCGCCCCAUCCUGCGGGCCGAGGAGGCCAUCUCCGAGGACGUCACGCUCAAGGAGGUCAUGUGCGGCGACGAGGCGGCUGCGGUCCGCAUGUCCCUCGACUGCUCGUAUCCAGUAGAAAACGGCAUCGUCAAGGACUGGGACGACAUGGAGUUACUGUGGAACUAUACGUUUUAUGAGAAGCUCGGUAUUGACCCCAAGGACUACAAGAUCAUGCUCACGGAGCCGCCCAUGAACCCGUUGGCGAAUCGGAAGAAGCUGGUGACGGCCAUGUUCGAGUUGUACGGGUUCGGGCACUGCAACGUGUCGAUCCAAGCGAUGCUUACUCUGUACGCUCAAGGGUUACUUACUGGGUGUGUCGUCGACACGGGCGACGGCGUGACGCACGUCGUACCGGUCUUCGACGGAUUCGUCCCGCAAAACUUGAUUAGGAGAUUAGACGUCGCGGGCCGACAUGUUACGAGGUACCUCAUCAAACUCUUGUUACUGAGGGGCUACGCUUUUAACCGUACUGCUGAUUUCGAAACCGUGCGCCAGAUCAAGGAGAAGUUCUGCUACGUGGCGCACGACGUGAACAUUGAACGUAGACUCGCCCAGGAGACGACCGUCCUAGAAACGACGCACACCCUACCAGAUGGCCGAGUCAUCAAGCUCGGAAGAGAACGCUUCGAGGCGCCGGAGUGCUUGUUUGAUCCUUCGCUCAUCGAUGUCGAGUCCAAGGGCAUGGGCCAUCUGGUGUUUGAUAUGAUCCAGUCGGCCGAUAUCGACACGCGGGCCGAGUACUACAAGCAUAUAGUGUUAUCGGGUGGUUCGUCCAUGUACCCCGGCUUACCUUCUAGAUUGGAGAGGGACAUCACACAGCGCUACCUCGCCGAAGUGCUGAACGGCAACGAGGACCGCCUGAAAAAGUUCAAGCUCCGCAUCGAGGACCCGCCCCGCAGGAAGCACUUGGUGUUCUUGGGUGGUUCAGUCUUGGCUGACAUCAUGCGCGAGCGGAGCGAGUUCUGGAUGUCGAAACGCGAGUUCGAGGAGGACGGGAUUGAUCGGUGCUUGGCGAAGUGCCGCUAGGUUCGCUCCCCCUCGCGUAUAUGAAGUUAUGUG